AUGAGCCCUCACCCACCACCGAUGGAGACUGCGACGUCGCGCAUCGGAAUGUCUCCUCCAGCGAUAAACUUGAGCGAUAUUACCUUCGGCAUCAAGCUCGAGAUGGUGACCAGUGUAUGCUUCUCCGACAAGGAGGGUUUUCGCCGCGAUCGCAUCCGCCUGGCCCUCGUAAACAUUCUUAGUGGUUUAAACAGGAUCGAAGCGGACCUCACACAUCCUAUCCCUGACGAAGUCGACCAAGAUAACGAGGAAGAAGAAGAAGAGGAAGAUGAUGGGUAUGUCAGCCACGAAAACGAUGAUAAUGAGAAUGGCAACGACAAUGAAGAAGACGACGACUACGAAGGAUCCAAUUACAAAACGUGGGGCGUGUGUUUUGAUAGCUCCGUCUACGAGGAGACCGAGGAGACCUUCAAACGAUAUCCCCAGCUGCCAAACCUCGCUAGGAUAUAUGAGGACAGUGACCGGUUGCUUUUUGACCAGUCGUGUCACAUGUUCGUUGAAUACGACGGUGUCGAGGUCAUUUCGCGGGUAUUCAAGCUCGUGGAGACCAAGGUCUGGACAGAGCACAUACGCAAGGCCCUACACGGUCUUCAACGGGGCCCGGUAGUCAACGGAACCCCCGAAUUGUCCGGAUACCACGUACACAUCGGAUUGGGAGGCGGCAGAUAUACGUUCGAGUGA